GCUCCUCGGCGCGGGUGACAUGGCGCGGAGCGGAGCUGUGCUGGGGCUGGCCGCGCUGCUGGCAGCGGCCUGUCUCGCCGGUGUGUGGGGUGAUGAAUUUAGCGUCUUGCGAUCACCUCAGACAGUGAUUUUUCAAGAUGGAGGUUGGCCGCUCCCUGGCGAGAGGAUCCCUGAUAUAGCUGCGUUAUCCAUGGGCUUUUCUGUUGAAGAAGACCUUCCCUGGCCUGGACUUGGAGUGGGUGAUUUGUUUAACAGGCCACGAGCUACUGUGCUGGUGACAGUGAAAGGAGUAGACAAGCUGACGUUGCCCGAGAAAGGGGUUUCCUACCCUAUUGAGAAUGCUGUUCCUUUCAGUCUGGACAGUGUUGCCAAUGCCAUUCACUCGGUGUUCUCCGAGGAGACUCCUGUGAUCCUGCAGCUGGCCCCCAGUGAGGAGAGAGUGUACAUGGUGGGCAAGGCAAACUCGGUAUUUGAAGAUCUUUCUGUCACCCUGCGCCAGCUGCGGAACCGCCUGUUCCAGGAUAACUCCAUUCUCAGCUCCCUUCCUCUGAACUCCCUCAGCAGAAACAAUGAGGUUGACCUGCUUUUUCUGUCCGAACUACAAGUCCUACAAGAUAUUACAAGUCUGUUGUCUCGACACAAGCACUUGGCCAAAGACCGCUCGCCAGACCUGUAUUCUCUGGAACUGGCCGGCUUGGAAGAGAUCGGGAAACGCUAUGGGGAAGAUUCCCAGCAAUUCAAGGAUGCUUCUCAAAUUCUUGCAGACUCUCUGCAAAAGUUUGCAGAUGAGAUGUAUAAUCUCUAUAGUGGGAAUGCAGUCGUAGAAGUGGUGGCUGUAAAAGCAUUUAAUUCUGCCCUCAGCAGGAAGACUCGCUCCAUUCUCCAGUCCACACAGAGCGAAAGUGAUAAUCCCUAUAACCUCGCCUACGAGUACAACUACGACUACGCCGUCAUCUUCAACAUUAUUCUCUGGAUGAUGAUAGCUCUGGCUUUAGCUGUUAUCGUCGUCUCCUACAACCUCUGGAAUAUGGAUCCCGGCUACGACAGCAUCAUUUACAGGAUGACAAACCAGAAGAUAAGAAUGGAUUAAACUACAUUGUAUUCCAGUUUAGGAAAAUGAUGAAGAACAAGGUUUCCUUUAAAUUAUGUGAAAACAAUUAUUCUGGCAUAGUUAAAUGUGUUUUAUUUUUUUUCUAAAGGUGUACUUAUUUUUAAGUGUCCUUUAUGGGUUUUUUUUCUCUCUUUUCCUCUCAAAGCUUAUUUUAACAGUCAGUACUAGCACCCGAUGGGAUUUGCAUAUCGAAACAUGCCUGUUCAAAAGGAAAACAAAUAUACAGAUCUAACUGUUAGUAAGGCAACAUCAUUCCAUUUUCUUUAUCAUGUUACACGAGUUUCCAAGAGGGCCUGUACUACCUGUGACUGUGCAGAGCCGCUGAACUGAAAUCACGGUAGCAAGACAGUGCUUGGAAGUCUAACACUGGAGGAUUAGAAAUUAUAGCUAACUUGUUGUGUUGUAUAUUAUGGAUCAGUUGUAAAUGUCCGAUGUAAAUAUUUAUAAUGGCUAUAUGUACCUU